AUGUCUGAAGACGAGGAAGUGUACUCUGAGGAAGAGGAGGAGCUUGAAGAGGAAGAGGAAGUAGAAGAAGGUGCUGAUGAGGAACCAGCACAAGAAGAAGAGCAGCCAGCUGAGGAAGAGAAACCUAGAAGCAGACCACCACCACAAGAGGAGAAGAAGGCUCCUGCUGAGAUGACGGAAGCCGAAGCGGCCAUGCUUGCUGCGAAGAAACGUCAUGAGGAAGAGGAAGCACUAAAAAUGCUCGAUUACGAACAACGCCGUGUGGUUGAGAAGGAGAAGAUGGAACAAGAACUUCGUGAACUCAAAGAAAAGCAGGAGAAGAGACGUGCUGAACGUGAGGAGGACGAGAGGCAAUUUGCUGAACGUCGUCGACAGGAUGAGGAACGUAGAAGAAAGGAGGAGGAUGAACGCAAAGCAAAAGCUGAAGCGGAGAAGAACCGUAAAAAUGAGGAACGACUUCGUCGUCAGCAAAUGAUGGCCGGAUCGUUUGCUGCUGCAAGCGCUCAACAAGGUGGUGGCAGAAACUUCACCGUCACAAAAAGUGAUCAAGCCGCUCAAUUCGGUAACCUUGGUCAGAGCAAGAACAAGGAUGUCCUCAACAAAGAACAACAAGAAGAAGCAAAGAACGCUUUCCUGGCUGCUGUUUGUCGCUCCGUAGAUGUUUCCGGACUUCUUCCAAAUGAUCUGAAAGAGAGGAUCAAAGUUCUUCACUCACGUAUCGCCAAGUUGGAAGCCGAGAAAUACGACUUGGAGAAACGUCAUGAGAGACAGGAGUAUGAUGUCAAAGAACUGAACGAACGUCAACGACAAGUUGCUCGUAAUAAGGCGCUACAGAAAGGACUUGAUCCAGAGGAAGCCGCCUCGUCUCGUCAUCCUCCAAAGGUCACAACCGCAUCGAAAUUCGAUCGUCAAACCGAUAGAAGAUCGUACGGUGAUCGUCGAUGGAUGUUCGAGAAGCCGGUGGUCCCUAAGCCUCCGACUAUUGCUCACGGAACCGCUCGUCCGCCUAGUGAUUGGGGUCGUAAGGAGAACGAAGAACUUGAACAACUUCGUAAAAACAUGGAACCACCGAAGUACGUGGAGCAAGUCCGUGCUGAAGGUGAAGCUGCUAGGCCUCCAAUUGAACCAAUUCCUCUACAGUUGCCAGAAAAAGAUUUUGAGGAUGAGCCAGCUGAGCUGAACGGAUCGAUUGAUGCUGGAGAAGAAAUCGAAGUCGCCUAA